UCUCCCGUGUAGUCAAGAAGCGCUAAACCAAUUAAAUGUUGAUUAAGUACCUCAUAUCAAAAUUCAAUUGAAGCUCGGACAGUUAGUAAUUAUUAUAGAAAACGCCUAUCCAGUAAGCGCCCUAAAUGUCUGCGCUCUAAAGCAAGAUAACAUUUAAAAAAGAGAUAUCCUCGUAACUCACCACGAGAGGGAGGUAGUUAUUAUAAUCAAAACAACAAAGAGUAGUCACUGUCACUCUUCGCCUCUCGUCCCCGGCCUCUAGUACCACCACUUGGUUGGACCAGAGUGUCCUGGCCAAAGAUGUUGCCUCUGUUGCCUCUCCUCCUCUGGUCGCUCUGGACGACGUCCUCUCACGCAGCCUGCUCGGCAACGACAGGUACGAAGCCCGGGGAGUGUGUGGAAGCCUGUGUGACGACGACCAGCGGGUUGCCAACAUGCAGAACUAGUGAGAGUAAACAGGGGUGGAGAGGAUACUGUAAUGCCGACUGCACAUCCGAUUUCUGUGAUGCUCUGUGUCAAGCUCGCAUUGAAUCGCUUGCCGGAGACGCUGGAACAACACUGGUGCACGCUACCACUACAGCUUUAGCAGAAAUACAUCAGUCUACAACUACAAGUGUUAUACCUCAAGCUACAACUACAACAGCGUCCCAACAAGCUGAAACUACAACAGUGACACAUCAAGACGCACCUACAACAGCGCCCCAACAAGCUAAGACUACAACAGUGACACAUCAAGACGCACCUACAACAGCGCCCCAACAAGCUAAGACUACAACAGUGACACAUCAAGACGCACCUACAACAGCGCCCCAACAAGCUAAGAUUACAACAGUGACACAUCAAGACGCAUCUACAACAGCGCCCCAACAAGCUAAAAAUACAACAGUGACACAUCAAGACGCACCUACAACAGCGACCCAACAAGCUAAAACUACAACACAACAAGACGCAUCUACAACAGCGCCGCCUCAUAUAACUACAAAUCUGCCACGAGAAACUACAGCUCUAGCCGAGAGUUCGCCGGCGACAACUACAACAACGGUUGUGAAUUCAAUAACAACCACGGCGACUACUGUUGUAAAUACCCCAACAGGAAUAACCGUCGUAUCACCGGACACAACAGCCACUUCAACAGUAGCCGCAGAAACAACAGAAGCCGUAACAACAGCAUCAGUUAGCGGAGCAUCAUCCACGACGCAAGUCACUGGUAGGUUGUUCGAGAUUAAUUAAGUAAUUAUUGAUUUCAGAGACGCUAAUUUGUGUUGGAAGGGGGGGGGGGAUUAUCAGGCGAAAGCACCAAGUCAUUACGACUAUAUAGCACUGGGAAGGGAUCAGGAUAAGGAUUUGGGAUUGGACGGUGGGGGAAUGGAACGGUGCCUAACCACUUAGACGGUCGGGGAUUGAACGCCGACCUGCAUGAAGUGAGACCGUCGCUCUACCGUCCAUCCCAUGUGAUGUUAUAGGGAAUAAAAACAGAUUUGUGUCAUUUGAACAGAAAAUUUGUAGUUAACGAAGAUUAAUAGGAACAGAGGAGAGUACACACAGAGAUCACACUAACGCGAUGUAUCAAAUGAACACAUCCACAAGGGCCGUGACGAGGAUUCGAACCUGUCUGGGAUGCUCUUGGACGCAGAUUCGAAUCCUCGUCACGGCCCUUGUGGAUUUGUUCAGAGGAUAGUAUUUGAGUUCAGGAAGAAUCUUUUAAGUUCUCGCAUAUUAUCUGAAAUUCAGAUAUAUUAUCUGUGAUAUAAUAAAAAUGUUCCUGUUUAAAAGAAAUUGUCCACAAUUCAGGCAGAGUAUUAAUUAGCGAGGUAAAUUCUUCGUGAUUCAUUAACGUUAUCCCGACUUCAGGUGAGGUUAUUCGUAAACCAGGCAAUUUAUUCAUCAUUCACCGAAACAAUAAGUGCUUUAUGCGUAUUAUCUGGGAAUCAGAUAACGUAGCUGUCAUUCUGAAAGAAUGUUUCGUGAUCCAAUCAUAUGCCACACAGGAAACAGCCAUGUGAUUCACAGAAUACUGCGUGUGCUACAAACAAUUUACGAUUCAAUGUAAAUUCUCACUGAUCAUGCUCAAUUGAUGAUAAGGAAUGACCCGAAUAUUUAUGGGUGAUUCAGGCUCGCUGGCUAUGAACCAGGCAUGAUAUAUUUAUCCAUAACAUACCUAACUAGUAUGAUUAUAGAUGAGUCACAAUAACGUUGCUCAAUCAGACUCAGCUACCUACAGUGAGACGGAAGGUAGUUGAGUUGGUGAAGAGAGACUGAAGGAACAAAACCUGACGACCCUAGAAAAUAGGAGAGAGAUGCGAUACAUGAUAUAGCCGUAUUAAACACAUCGGGGGACUGACAGAGUGAAAAAAAUAGGAAAUGUUCACUAUGAAUACCAAUAGUACGACAUGGAUGGAAGUUUGAGACUCAGAUGAGUCAAAGAAAUAUUAGAAAGUUUUCGUUUAGCGUAAUAGUGGGAAAAUAAACCGAACUAAAGGAGCAGGAAGGAAACUCCAUUCAAAAAGUAGAUGGGAUAAGGAAACAGGUCAGGGAGUCAUUGUAUUAGACAACCGGCAAAUGGAAAGGUGGGGUCCAGGAGCUAAUGUUCGAUCCUGCCGGCACAAAAUCUGUGACUACACACACACACACACACAGCUUAGCAAACGUCACUGUUUAAUAAAUAGCAAAUUAGGAGAUAGAACAAUUGACAUGACUAACAUCUUGUUAAAUUCUUCUUUAUUUUAAAAUUAAAAUUUAUGACGUUACGAUUAUUUCUCGUAUUCAUCCUCAGAUCUAAAAAUUUAAAAUUAACCAGCAAUACAAGGACGCAAACUUGAGAGACAUACAUAUUAAUAAGAUAAAUACAAAUAAUCCAUUUUACAAAAAGAUAAAACAAAAGACAAUUCAACUUACCUUAAAAGAUAGAAGCAUAUGUGAUCUAAAAAUGAUACCCGCAACUACUUCGAAAUUAUAAUUUCAAAUAUUAAAAAUCUUAUACAAAGCAAAACUAUUUAAUACAAAUUUUAGAUUAGGAUUUAAAAAUCUUGUAAGAAGCUUAAAUAUUACAUAAUACCGAGCAUCAAUUUAUAUACUGCAUUGCCUAAUUAAACAAAUAUAACUAUGAAACAAUCCGUCACUGAAAAUGAGUACCAAAAGUCACAAAUUAGGGGGAAACUAAAGCGUAUACAUCACAAAAUCUACAUAACGUACCAACGAAAGGUUUACUGUGAUUUACCAGCAUACAAUUGAGCAGCUGAACCAGCAUUAUUUAGCACAGAGACCGUUGCUGCCUGAUAUAUAAAGAUUCCAUUAUUGUAAAAUCCAACAGGUCAUUCGUGCAUGUGUUCAAGAUUUUAAAAUGUGAAUCAUGCAAAGAAGGAUUCAUCUCGUUUCAAAGAUUUCUAAUCUCUGAAAAUGCUGGCAUAAGUAGUGGUAAGCCAUGAACGAUAUUCCCAUGUGCUCCAGUAUCCUAAUCUGAAAGUUCCCAAUGGACCUUCCAACGUAUCCAUCAUUACAAUGUUGUAAUCAUUAACAUUUAUACAGACAUACGAUACCAGAACACAGGGAAGUAGGCACCCUAUCCAUAAAUUUAAAAUAGGAACCCAUUGUAUCAAUAUUCACGAAAAUAAAUUCAAAAUCAAAUUUUAGGAAAUGUUGUAAAAGGGGUUUCAGUCGAUACACAGAGAAAUUACACUAACGUGACGUACUAUCAGUGAGAAAAUCCGUAAAGAGCCGGUCACCUCUCUUAACCAUGUAAUAAGUAAAAUUAGGACAAUGCAGUUUUUUUUAAUUAAAGAGGCUUCUGUAACCUGGAUAUUCUGGGCUGUUAUUAUCACUGCUAAUUACUAUGUUUCAGCGUGUCUAGUGUGCCAACCAGUUGAUCAAGCUUUAUUUUACAGAAGGUUAGCUGUCGAGGACGCCAUCGUCUGUUUUUACAUUAUAAUUAUAUAAUAUACUAAGGUAGACGAUCAACUGCCUUAGAAGGGAGUCUUAUUUAUGACUUAAUCUCCUCCUUUUCCCAAUCAAUCACUUCCUUCGCCCACUUGCUUAGUCUUUCGUUUAUUGGUUUUUAUUUAAUCCCUAAUAUCAUACUCUCUGAUCCUUAACCUCCUCCCUUUGUAGUAAACACCGUUCGUGUACACGAAUGAUAUAGUUAGUAUUCCAAUAGUAUGCCCUACAAUACCUGUGGGCUUCUUUUGAUAUUUGCCACUAAUAUUAUUUUAGUAUGCUUCUUGUAUUUAUAUUACCAUGAUGCCUCAAGCUUAUUCCUAGCAUAAUUUGAUUUGCGUCCACUUACCUCUAUGCACCUGUUAUACCAUCAGGGCGCCCUUGGAAUAUUUGUUUUGCUCUCGAGUAUAUUUCCGAGAGAGUCCUCGUAUAUUGCAGACCAUUAUUUACUUUCCUAUUGCAUGGAAUCAACUUUGGGAAUUUAUCUUAUAAGCCUCAAACAUUUUCUUAAGUUUUAAAUAGUUCCCCUAUGUCUUUAAUUAUUCUUCCAUAUCCCCACUUUCUGUUAUGUUACUUGUCACAUAUCUUUAGUACCUGAGUGAAUGUCUGUCUUGUAUACAUGUUUCCGAGUGAAUGUCUGUUUUCUAUACAAGUUCCCGAGUGAAUGUCUGUUUUCUAUACAUGUUUUUGAGUGAAUGUCUGUUUUCUAUAUAUGUUCCCAAGUGAAUGUCUGUUGUCUAUACAUGUUUUCGAGUGAAUGUCUGUUUUCUAUACAUGUUUCCGAGUAAAUUUAUUUUCUAUAUGUCCCCAAGUGAAUGUCUGUUUUAUAUACAUAUUCCAAGUGAAUGUCUGUUUUCUAUACAUGUUCCCGAGUGAAUAUCCGUUUUUCUAUAAAUGUUCCCAAGUAUUUAAUGUCUCACAUUCGUGAAUGUCUUAUCCAUGGUUUCCGAGUGAAUGUCUGUCUUGUAUACAAAGACAAAAAUGUUCACUAUUGCAUGUUGUUGUUAAAGAUUCGCUACCUGGAACAAGAAGUUCCAAGUAGCACGGGCUAUGGUGAGCCCGUAGUGCCUUGAGAAGUCACACUAAUGUAUGUUUGUCUCUCACUAGUAGUUCCCGAGUGCAUGUCUUGGUGUAUACAAGUUGUAUACAAGUGGUUAUAAAGGUAAGAAUUUAUUAAGAUAUUUUCAUUAUGACUCUUUGUGCUGGGUUUUAUGAGAUUUUAUAUGUAUCUUAAUGUUAUUUGAAAAAUAAUUUAUAAUAUUUGCAAUUUAAAUUGAGAUUUUUUAUAUAAAUUGUAAUUUGGUUCGUAAUGUAAUCAUUAACAUAAAUAAUAAUUACAGUUGUAUUGUUAUUUUUAAUGGUACAUGUGAGACGACUUGUAAUGUGCUGACAGUAUAUAUGUAUUGUAAACUUAUUGGCAUUAGAGAUUGUUUUAAAUUAAAUUUAAUUACAUUUAAUUGUUUCAAACACUAUGAUGUAUAUUAUUAUUAUUAUUAUUAAAAAACGGAAUAUUGUAUUAUCUUUAAGUAUUAUUAACCUGAAUUAACCUUAUCUUAUUGCUUAAUACUAGAAGGGGGUAAGAGAUCUCCAAGUUAACGUUUGUCUCUUCCCCUUUUAUUCCUCCUUUC